AAUAAAAUGAUUGAUUUUCACUGCUCACUCAGCCUCCUUAUCACCCCCCCGAGGGCUCGGAAAUACUCCAAAGACCCUCUGACCCAAUUGGGAUCCAGUCCAUGCAUUUCUCAUUACAGCCUCCCGGAUGGUCUCUCACUGUCUUUGGUCAUGUGAUUGGCUGCUGUUCUGUGCCCAGCCCUGACCAGCAGCCCCGAGCAAGAAGAGAAGAGCGUCUUUUUUUUUUUUUUUCACUUGGGGUGGGGUGUACAGAAGGAGAUCCGCACCUGUCGAAUGGACUGUGCGCUGACAAACACGGACAAAACCUAUUCAGGACAAGUGAGGACGACUUUCACAACGCCAGACAGACAGGCUGCAUGUGGUGAUGGGUACACUUCGGGACCUCCAGUUUGCCUUGCAACUUAAGAUUGAGGAGCUUCGUCAGAGGGACACACUGAUAGAUGAGUUGGAGCUGGAGUUGGACACAAAGGAUGAACUCAUUCGGAGGCUGCAGGAAGAACUGGAUCGCUACAGAGCCACCGUCUCCCUCCCAGGACCCUCUGCAGCCGGUGCAGCUUGCUCAGCACAAACUGAGGACAAGCAGAGGACCAAAAGGAAAACAGUAAUUUCUGAGCCCUUCAUUUUGGACCCAGUGACUCUGGCCAUGGUUUCACACAGAAGCUGUGACAAAAGCCUGGAGUCUCAGAGGCUGAUUCGGGCAGCGUUUUUGAAAAAUGACUUGUUGAAGAACCUUGACGAGGGAGAAAUCAGAACCAUCAUAGCCUGCAUGUAUCCCAUGCCCAUCAAUCAAGGCUGCUACGUCAUCCAGGAGGGGACCAACGGGGCUCAGGCUUACGUUUUAGAAGAAGGGAGGCUGGAUGUGACAAAAGACGGAUUGAAGAUUCUCACAAUUGAGCCUGAAAACAUGUUCGCAGAGCUGGCUCUCCUCUACAACUGCACCCACACCUACUCUGUCUCAGCCCAAACGGACAGCAAGCUGUGGGUUAUUGACCGCAAGAGCUACCAGACCAUACUUAUGCAGAGUGGUCUCAACAGCCUUUCUCAUUCAUUUGAGCUGCUUAGCAGCGUUCCCUUCCUGCAAUCAUUGCCAGAGGAUGCCAUCAUGAAAAUGUCCGAUCUCAUGGAGGAGACGCACUACGCUGAAGGUGACUACAUCAUCCGACAAGGGGCCACGGGGGACACCUUUUAUAUCAUUAGCAAAGGCCAGGUUAAAGUGACAGAAAAGAAGCCAGGUCAAGAAGAGCAAACAGUCCUCUCUAAGCUCUCUGAGAGACAGUGGUUUGGAGAAAAAGCUUUGUGGGGAGAGGAUGUUCGGACUGUGAACGUGAUUGCUGCUGAUGAGGUUACAUGUUUGGUCAUAGACAGAGAGACCUUUAAAGACAUCAUCGAUGGGAUGGUGUUUGACUGCGGUCACGAGGCGCAGCAGAGCCAUGAAUCCAAAAGCGAGUCAGACCAGGAUCCUGAACUCCUCUCAUCUUCCACCUUAAGUGAUUUCCAGAUUAUUUGCCCUCUAGCACUUGGGGAGUUUGGUCACGUAGACCUGGUGCACCUAAAGAGCAACAUCAAGUGUCUCUUUGCCAUGAGAGUCCUUAAGAAGAAGCUGAUCCUCAGCAACGGUCAGCGAGAGCACGUCCUGAGAGAAGGGCGCAUCCUCAUGGAGACUCGUUGCUCAUUCAUCGUCAGGCUACAUAAAACCUUCAGAGAUGCUGAGUGCUUGUACAUUUUGACAGAAGCUUGUCUUGGUGGGGAUCUCGGUAAUCUUCUCAAAGAGAAGGGAUGUUUGGACGAAUGCAGCACCAGGUUCUACACAGCGUGUGUUGUCGAGGCCUUGACCUUUCUUCACUGUCAGGGCGUCAUCUAUAGAGACGUCAAGCCUGAAAAUGUGGUUCUGGAUGAGCACGGUUAUGCCAAACUGAUUGGCUCCGGGUGCAUGAAACGGGUGGAGGUGGGUAAGAAGACCUGGACAUUCUGCGGCACGGCGGAUUAUAUGGCACCUGAAAUCAUCUUGAACAAAGGCCACAGUGUGUCUGCAGACUUCUGGUCACUGGGUGUUUUUGUGUUUGAACUUCUGAGUGAUAGGCUCCCAUUCAGCGGCUCUGACCCGAUGAAGAUUCUCACUGCGACCAUUUGUGGCAUUGAUCAGAUCGACUUCCCAAAAACCAUCAGCAAAAGUGCCUCCAGUCUGAUAAAGACCCUGUGCAGGAGCAAUCCCUCGGAGAGGCUGGGCAGUCAGAGAAACGGGGCCAAGGACAUUCAGAAGCACAAAUGGUUUGAGGGAUUCAACUGGGAUGGACUCUGUAAAGGCACAUUAAACCCUCCACUUCUCCCUAAAGUUAAGCAUCCUUUGGACAGCGGUACAUGUGAUCGUUACACCGAGGACUCUGUGGAGCUGUGCACAAGCUGGGAUGAUUUCUGAUGGACCUGUCAGACAGUACUUCAUCACUUUCAGGUUAAGUCCUCAUAAAUAAUUCACUGCCAUCAAGAUUUAAUUAUAUUUUCAGACAAAAAAAAAAAUAUAUUUUCCACAGUUUCAGUAACUGCAGAUAUUGUUUGAUAAAUGAACCACGCUGCCUACUGUGUUGGGCUCAGACUGUUUUUGAUGUGAAGGUUUAUGAAGAGUUCAGUGAUGUCUCUGCUGUUGAAUGUAACUCAAUAAACAAAUGGGCCGCAUCACACUGUCCUUUCUUUAUUCCUAAAUCUGCAAAACGAGCCACGUGUUUCACUUCUUA